CCUCAGAGUUCUACAUUACAAGGUUGUAGGACACAGGCAGAAGUACCAAGGCUGACCAGAACCAGGGAUUAAGAUGGAGAUGUAUUCCUUCUUUGUAGUCAUUUUUUGUGCUGGAUUCAUGCCCAAGGCCCUUGGAUUUCCUCUUAGUGAUGUUUCAAUAGAUUGUUCCUCCAUGUUACCAAAUCGUGGAGGUGGACCACAGACAUCUACCCCACCCUAUGUCAUCUCUGUAUCAUUUGAUAAAUAUGAUCCAGGAAAUGAAAUACAAGUGGUUCUAGAAGGAACCUCGCCAUCUGGAUUUAAAGCAUUUAUGGUACAGGCUCGAGAAAUUAAUGGAAAUGUUCCUGUGGGCAUGUUUCGCAUCGUAGAUCCAAGCACACAAGGUUUCGCAUGUGCCAGUGUUCCGAAUUCAGCAGCAAUUCACGCAAAUACCAGUAUAAAGCACAAAAUUACAACUACUUGGGUUGCUCCUCAGGAGACUAAAAAGAUCCGGCUUAUGGCAACUUUUGUUCAGGAUGAUGAUACCUAUUGGGUUGGCGUUCAUAGCAAAACUCUCUCACCCAGGCAUUCAGAAAUCGUGAAUACUUCUGAAACCUACAGUGAUUCAAUGACAACCAAUACCUCAGACAUAGUCAGUGAUUUUGUAACAUCUGUGGUUUCUGACCUCAUCGGUGAUUAUAAUGCUAAUUCUAACCACGAAGAUGUUGAUUUCAAUACCCUCCUUGCUGUGUCUGAAGCAGAGUAUGAACCUGAGACACCUGUUGAUUCUGAGGAGAACCAAGACCCAAGAAAAAAUGCCACAGCAAGAAGCAAGAGGAAGUCAGUUGUGACAGUAAAUGUAAAUUGUGGUGAGGCUGGAGCCUUACAGUCAAGCAGUGGUGGUUGUGUCAAGGCACAAGGAUCAUCUCAGAGCAGUGGCAGCCAAUCCAAGGUUAUAGUAGUUAAACAAGGAAGCAGCAGUGGAAGUGGCUGUGUUGGAGGUGCAGUUGCAAGUGUGUACAACAAACAUGCAUGCAGAGAUUCGGUUUCCACUGAUACUGGCAAAGUGAAGGUGGUGACCUACCCAGAGAGCAACCCCUACCCACCAGAGCGCGGAAAUACAUAUUCAUCGAAAAUUGUAAAUUCCAACUAUGGUGGAAUCAUCUAUUCCCAGGGUUCCAAACCUCAAAGUGGUUCAUCAGAAAGUGUCCGUAUUUCCAUCCAGAGUGGAAAAGUUGUUCCAGCUUGUGAUAAGAGUAAACCCACCUAUAAUAUCCAGGUUUGUAACCAGCUGGGCCAGCCUUCAAGCUCUCAGAGUAGCAGCUCAGUCAACAUACAGGGCCAGUCUUCAAGCUCACAGAGCGGCAGCUCCUCUGGCAAACAGCAGGGUGGAUCUUAUUCAAGUGGCGGAAGCUCCUGUGGUCAAGGAAUUACAUAUGACAGCAAUCCCUGCAAUCAGGGAUCAUCAUCAUCAUCAUCAUCAUCAUCAUCAUAUUCCAACCAGGCUAGUUCACAGUCUCAAGGCAACAGUAAUGCCUGUAAUCAGGGUAAAGAUACUUCUUACAACAGGUGCUGAAUGCAAAACUUGUGGAAAUAGAAAACAUGUCUGGAGCUGAAGAAGAUAAUUCAAAGGAGAUCAUGAGAGCAACUUCCGCAUGGAAGAAGGGCUGGAAUACCCCAAAGUCCGAAUACAUUGCAAAAUUACCCUCUCAGUGUGUGGCUUCCCUGACACGUGACAUGAGGCUACCGAAUAGAAAUGUUCAUGUUUGCACAAAUCAAAAUAGGGGGUAAUGAAUCAAAAUAAAAAUUCUUUGUCCUACAA